UCAAAGUUUGGGUCCAAAGCUGUACGCUUUAUUGCUCUUAGCAUAAACAUAUAUUUUUGUUACCAGCUCCUUCGUUGAGCUUAUUCGGUAGAAUUACCGACCAAUUUGUUAAGGCAAUACGCUAAUACUGUCCUACUUAUCGGUGAAAGAUGAUUCCAUGUGUAUCGGACAAGAAGGCCUUGGCAUUACUGGUGGCUACCAACCUAUUUUACUUCUCCGCUUAUGUAUUGCGAAUCCAUCCGCUUAGCGUUAUGAUUAAUAUUGGAAUCUGUUCAAUUUGCGUUGGAGGUGUCUUAAAGAUGAUUUCGGGGGAAACCUUGUACGGAGGAGAUGAGAAACAUGGAGAGAAUCGGGAGUUUGUUAAAUCUGAAUGUAUUUCUAGCGUUUUAGAGUUGGUACACAAGUAUGUUAAUGCAAUGUGCAGUGAAAUCUUUACUAUUGUACUGUGGAAAUCGCCAAUAAAAUCGGUCCACUCUUUGGUGGUACUUUACAUAUUCAGCCUUUUUGCCAGGAUUCUUUCGUUUGCCGCAUUAUUUUUUAUGGCAGUGUGGUUAUUUUGUGGUUGGUUGAGUUUUAAGGAUUACUACUAUUCCACCAUUCACCAACACAUAAAGCCAACAUAUGACCAUGUGAAGAACAUGGCAUUGAACUUCUAUUCUACCAUUCCGAGGUUCAAUGAAGCACAGAAAUUGUAAACAAAAUUU